AUGUGGCCUACCCUUCUGUUUCUCCGCCCGAGGUCCUUCCGCUCGUCGAAAUCCCACCCCCUCCGUAGCCUUCGCCGGCGACUCACCGACCUUCAGCGCGGGAAUCGCCAGGCCGAGUCUUUUUUGCGAGAACGGCGGCGGCUUUUGGCCUUUUGCGGGUCAUCCCGGCCGGGGCCGAAGGGGGAAAGACCCCAGGCCACUUCAUGGCGAUCCCACUCGCCCCUCCACCUCCUCCCGCGCAAUCCCGAGUUGGAGAGCGCGAUCGCCUUCAGCUUGACGGAAAAUCGCGAUGCGCGGGCGGAGUUGGAGCUCAUUCGGCGACUUAUCGGCGGGGCGCUGCUUUCACUGGCCUCGCCGGUGGGGCGGUGGGAUCCGCUCGACGUAAAACCGCAGAUUUUUGCCCUCGACCGCUUUCUCGCGCUGCCCGUUUUCACCUCGAUCGAGUAUCUCCGUCUUUUUUGCCAGCGGUUUGGCUUUACGGCGCGGGAUCCCGCCGGGGUCCUCUGGGCGGCGGGGGAAGGGGAGAGCCCUCACGACGCCGCGGAGGGCCCGGAUGAGAGGUCUUCUGUUUUUUUAUCCCCGCCGGGGGCAUUUUCGGCCCCGCCCUCGGUUUCUUCUUCUUCGAGCCGAUCGAAUCCGGUUGCGGAAGGGGUUGACAGCACCGAGGUCCUCUUCACCACGAUGAAUGACAAGGACGAGGCGGACCCGCGGACUGCAAAGGCGAAAUGCGAGAGUCGGACGCCGGUUCGAGGGGUGAGCCCCGUGGGGCCAAAAUCCCCAAAACGCUUUUCGGCUGGAAGGGGAAAGUUCGGCUGUCGGCGCCUCCGAAACGCGCGGAGGCGCAUUAAACCACCGCGUCCUGCGGCCCGCACUGCGCGACGUGCGAACACCCCCCUUCCUGAGGAGGAUCCCCGUGCGGACGCCACGCGGAAGGCCUUUUGGGAGGCCGUGGCGCGUGUUCGGCCCUUUAAGCUAAAGCAAGCCACCCCACUUCCCAUUUUCGGGCCCUUUACUCGCAAUCACUUUAUCGGGUACUUCGCCGACGUGGACACCCUUCUUCACAACGCCUCGAUUGUCUCCGAGAAGGUCGACAUUAUUUUGAACCCUUUCUCCCCGCUGGAGGUCGUCCUCGCGCGCGAGGCGACCGAUCGCGUUUUACACCAUGAUCAGCUCCUCGCGAUCGCGUACGGGCGGGUGGAGCGGGAGCUCUGUAGGGAAUUUAGUGGGUUUAUUUCGACCCACUGCCCUGAGGUGCGGACGGCGCGGAGUGCCUGCCUCCCGCGGCCUUUAUCCCCCCCCUCCACGAGCUCGGCCCCCGUGAAAACCUUCACGGGGGAGAAUCCUCUGCAGAACUACCGCGAACGCACACGGAUUUUGCGUGAGGCCCAGUUCAGCAAGGGCGUGAACUACGAUUUGGUGAUUCUCCUGCAAAGUGAGGACAUCGCGGAAACGUAUCGCCGGCUUCGUUGGGGAAAGCAUCAGUGUUUGCUGCUCGGGCAUGCGGAUUUGGAGGUGCUUCCCGAGGAGAUGGCGGCUCCUCAUGUGCGCGAGGCCGCCCGGGUAUUCUUUACUCGUGAAGAUGCACCUUUAAAAGUGAAUUAUUCCUCUUCAGAUUUACCACUUCAUGGGUUCCGGAAGGUGGGAAGAACGCACACGGUGAAUGUCGCUCAAUCCGCGGAGAGCUUCUACCACGAUCCCACAAAUGCUUACACGGAGGCUCACGCUGUCUUUACAGAAGAACUCAAGUUCAGUCGCGGUAAUGAACAAUAG